AUGAAGAUGAGUCCACUGAAUCUUCUUUGGAUCGGAAUAGAUAGAUUCGUAGGGGGAGAUGUGAACGUGAUCAAGUCAAAAGAUGGGAAAAGGAGAUAUAUCUUACCGGCAUGUCAUAAGGACGUUUAUAGAGGGAAAUAUGAUUCUCGUAAACAUGGAAAUAAAAAGAAAGAAGAUUAUAGGUGUGUUGAAUUCCUUGUUGGAGAAGCUAAAAGAGCAAUGAGGAAUGGUGAUGCUCAACCUUUUUUCAGAAUAUAUUGUUUAUUCCUUGAUAUCAGAAAACAAGAUGUAAGAUCGAUCAAUCUGUGUAGCACGAGUAAUCUAAAACACUUGGAAGGAUCAAAUUCCAUUAAUAAUCUAGAUAGAGUUAUACGUUUAGAUAAAACAGCUUUGAGAAGACUAAAAUUUUACGCUUGGGCAAUGGAAGGUAUUCUUCCCUCACCAGCCGGACGAUUCCGUUUGGGUACCGGAACGUUGAUUAUGGCCGUACCAUAUGUCGGAUCAUUGAUAAUUGGUUUAAUCAAUUCGUUGAUAUGUUGGCGUACUGUCAUUCAGAUUUCUGCUCCGUGGUGGUUAUGGUCUGAAAUAUUCUUACCUCUUUUCUGGGCUACUUUCUCCGCUUUCGUCAUACCUGCUGUAGGGGAUAUAGCGGCUUCUAGGAUAAGUCCAAUGAGAAGAGCAGCAAGAAAAACUAGUUACUGGUUAAAACUCAGAUGCUCUUUUGCGGUAGAUAAACAGGAUCAGGAUGGGUAUUGGGUUUGCCAUUCGAUGAAUCGUGUAUUCCCCAGAAAGAAAGGUGAAGAAGAACCUUAUGUUUGGAAGUAUGAUGAACAAUUCAGGAAAGAAAUUUUCGGGAAUGAUUUGAGUUAUUUAUGGAAUGACAGAAAGAGAUUUGGGAGUGGAGUCUAG